AUGGCCCCAAUACUUCGGCCUAUACCCACCAAAGAAAGGAAUCAGUCUCCGCCCUGCUCACUAUCAGAAGGCCCUACAGUCAGCACGCCAGAACCUCCAGAGGAGACUUCUACUACAUCUCCAAGACCAAGUCACCCCGUUACUCCCACGCAGGGUUCUUUCUCAGUCGCUCAACCUCGGCAUACACAGCCACCACGGAGUCCAGGGACUAUUUCACCAAAUCCCUCAAAUACUGCUCCUGCUCUAUCUGAUCACUACAAUCCUUCCACAGGAGGUUUUUCGACUCUUCUUCAGCCCCAGACACCUACAAGGGCCUCACAGGGGCAUCUCUCCCCAUUCCACAACUCCCUGCGCACCGUAUCCAAUGCUUCCUCUUGCCCAAGUACCAUCUGCAAUACUCCUGAUGCCAUCCACACCACUCCCACUGCUGUCAAUACUUCCCGCGCUACUCUCAAUCCUCCUACUAGCACCCACAACGCCCCCACUACUCCCACUGCUCCCACCGAUGAGGAACUCCGCCAACGCCGCAAAGCACGCAGACAAGAACUCUGCGCAGAUAUCAGCGCAAAUUAUCGCCACUACUUGGAAGUCCUCCAACUGAUGCCUCUUGACUGGCGUAGCGGCGAGCGCCCAGACCCGUAUCUGCUGAGCCUACUCGCGAAUCGGAUGAUGCCGCAGGAUAGAGGGUGUGAGCUUGCGCUUGCGAUUGCGUUUGCAAAGGAGAAUUGGUGGCAUUUUGCGACGUGGCCAGAGGACGUAGAGAGAUGUGCGCGGUUGGAGUGGAACAAGAGGAGGAGAGAGUGGGAGCAGAGCCGGAGGGAACGGAUACAGAGGGAGCAGGAGCAGGAGCGGGAGCGGGAGCAAGAGCUGAGGAAGUACGAGCAGAAGCACCGAGAGUGGAUGGUAAAGUUGCAGAGGGAAAAGAUAGAGACGGAUAAGAGGGAGCAGGAGCAGAGGCAGAAGGAGCAGGAGCAGAAGCACUGGGAGUGGAUGGCAAAGAAAGAGAUGGAAAAAAGGGAGAAGGAAAAGAGGGACAGGGAAAAGAGGGAAAUGAGGGAAAAGGAAAAGGGGGAGAAAAAGAAGAGAGGAUAA